CCAGCCGCGAGGCGCAAGCCACGGCGCGCAAGCUAGUCAAGCGACAAUAAUAGACUUGGCUGGAACCUGACUUUUCUCUGCGCCCGCCAAGCCGCGAGCCGAUUAAAUAAAUAGGAUCGCUGCCAUCGACUCUUGAGCUGCAUAGCUGCCUGCUCUUCUCUUGCCUGCCCGCGCCGCUGCCUAACCUUUGAACGUUAUUCAGUGCGCAGCUUUCGCGCCUCUCACAAUGGAGGGACAGCAGUUCUGUUUACGCUGGCACAACUUUCAAAACACGCUUCUCAGUUCUUUACCCAAACUGCUGGACGGCGGUUACCUAACUGACGUCACCCUGAGCGCCGGUGGAAGACACAUUCACGCCCAUCGACUCAUUCUUUCCGCCUGCAGUUAUUAUUUCAAGGAAUUGUUCAAGGAUUUGAACUCGAUUCAACAUCCUGUUAUCAUCUUACCUGGAAUGGAGUAUGCCAACCUGUGUGCCCUUGUGACGUUCAUGUACAACGGAGAAGUGAACAUUUAUCAAGAGCAGCUCCCUGCGCUUCUAGCCAUGGCAGAUACUUUACACGUUCGUGGUUUGGCUGACAUCGCAGGGAAGGCAUCCAGAUACGAAAGUCAUCAAACGUUAGAUGUACCGCCAGCAUCUCGCGAUGACAAGUCUUACCACUUGGCCGAGAAAUUCGAGCUGUCCUCGUCUAAGAGCGAGCACAAGGAGCACGAAGAAGUGCUGACGCCCGAGCCUCACGAAGCAGUCGAGCCGAUCGCCGCCGAUUUCUCCACGGAAAAUAUCGAACGAAGCAUCGACGCUGAAUCCUUGUCUAACAACGCUAGUGAUUUGAGUGAUCUCCCAUGUAGUGUUAAAACCAAGCCGUAUUACUCGAUCAACGCCAAACUAAACCAGCGCGAGAAGAAGCCGCUUUUCAAAAUCGACAGUGGCCACUCGAGUAAUAGUAUUUUGAAGGACGACUGUUCAACGAGUCCCUUACUGGACAACGUAAAACCGUUGUUAACGGACGCCACUUUCAAGUCAUUUUUAAGUGGUAGCACACCGAGUAGAGCAUCAUCGCAGAGUUGCAACAAGACCAGCGUCACGUGUUUGAUUUGUGGUAAACAGUUGAGCAACCAGUACAAUUUGCGAGUCCACAUGGAGACGCACAGUAACAGCUCGUACAGUUGCGCGGCAUGCUCGCAUGUGUCUCGUUCCAGAGAUGCAUUGAGGAAGCAUGUAUCCUAUCGACAUCCCGUCAAUUCAGCGCAGAAGAGAGCGAGAUACAGCUCUAACAAAUCCUAAC